CUUCUCUCGGCCCUUGCGCUUGCGUACUACGGCUCGUCUCCGUCACCCAGGCCCGGAUCGGGAAGUGUCAAAGUGGGAGCCGGGAGCCCCCGCCUUCGCCGCCGCUACUGCUGAACCCAGACCCUCAUCCCGGCCGGGCCCUACCGCCAUGACGAACGUGUACUCCUUGGACGGGAUUCUGGUGUUUGGUUUGCUCUUUGUUUGCACCUGUGCCUACUUCAAGAAAGUACCUCGUCUCAAAACCUGGCUGCUCUCAGAGAAGAAGGGAGUUUGGGGUGUGUUUUACAAAGCUGCUGUGAUUGGGACCCGACUGCAUGCUGCUGUUGCAAUUGCCUGCAUUGUAAUGGCCUUUUACGUCCUGUUUAUCAAAUGAAUUCCCAAGUAUCCCAUUCGUGAACUGCCAACCAAGGGGAUAAAGAUGAAGAACUUGCCGGAAACCUGGACCAGUGUAGGAGAGUUCAGCUAGAAUCACCAGUGUCCCUAAGAUGACACUGCAGCAUCUGUCUGCCAUAUGUGGGGGAACUCAUGGUCACGAACAUUAUUUUUGCUCCAGGGGACUCCAGAAAGCCAACUUUUCUUGAUUUCUCUGUUAAUCAGCCCUCAGCAGCAAGUAUAUAUCUCCAGAUAAAUCACACCCCUUGGAUAUAUGAUUAUGUACCUUCUGCUUAAAAAAACCUGGAGUUCAAUGGUAGAACAUUUGUUUAGCAUUGUCAGGGUCCUGGGUUUGAUUCCCAACACUAAAAAAAAAAAAAAAAAAAAAAAACCGUAAACUGGUCAUCUAUUUUGCUCUUCGGUCUCAUUAGAACUGAGACUCAUCAGGGAAGGAUAUAAGGAUACAGACUGUAUUCAGACUUCCUGGAAGGGGAGACUUUUUUUUUUUCUUUUUUUUUGAAACUGGGUCCUUGCAUAGCCCUGGCUGUCGUCAAGCUCUCAAUGUAGACCAGGCUGGCCUCAAACUCACAGAGAUCUGCCUACCUCUGUCUCCUGAGUGCUGGUAUUAAAGGUGUGUGCCAGAAGAUAAUUUUUAAGGCUUGACUUUUUUAUUGGCUAAUUUGGAU